GAUUUGGGUUCCAUUUGUGUGUUCCACUGAAACCUGUCCGGCGGAAGUUGUGCUCACGGCCUUAACACAAAAGAAAUGACGAGCGGUAUCGGCAAACACAAGAUACUGAAUGUGGGGCCGACAGAGCCAUGGUCAGUCAGGGAGAAACUGUGCCUGGCCUCCUCUGUUAUGAGGAGUGGAGACCAAAACUGGGUGUCUGUAAGCAGAGCCAUCAAGCCUUUCUCAGAGCCCGGCCGUCCACCUGACUGGUUCUCACAGAAGCACUGUGCCUCACAAUACUCUGAGCUGCUCGAGGCCACAGAAGCACCAAAGCGAAAGCGUGGUGAGAAGGGUGAGGUGGUGGAAACCAUUGAAGAUGUCAUCGUUCGUAGGCUAACCACAGAGAGGAUAGAGGAGCUGAAAAAGCUACUGCGGGACACACAGGAGAAGUACAGGAAGUUGAAGAAGGAUGUGGAUAUGAUUCAGACGGGUCACAUGGACUCCCAGCUGAAGGAGCUGUUGGCAGACAUAACACUAAAGAAGAAGCAGGCUGAGGACGAAGCAGAACAGAAAAGGAAAGCCACAGAAACAGCGUUUCAAGCUCGUCAGGCGAUGAAGAACACGCCUAAGCGUCUGCCCAGUGUGACCGUGCGUUCUCCUCCGGGUCCCAGCCCCCCCACCAUGGACUCUCAGAUCGACUCUUCAAUCCCCAUGGCGUCCCUGGAUACAGGAAGUGUGGCCUCCGAUGACACCACCCCCACCUCCACCCUCUCAGUUGCCCAGGGGGUCGGGGUGUUUCUCCCUGCGGUGGAUGCGUCAGGGCCCAAAGACGGAGGCCUGGUCGCUCUGAUGGACGACUCCCCGCAGAAGAGGCUCCUCGCCCAGAAGACCACGCCGCCGCCCUCGCCUCUCCUGUCAGAACUGCUGAAGAAAGGCAACCUCAUCUCAGCCAGCCCCCGCAUGGUUGUGGAGACAGACUCUGCAGGGAGCCUCACCAACGGAGUACAGACAGCCACUGUAGCCACUGCCUUACCACCGGCUCAUGAGGUCAUCACAGAGGGUGAAGCAGAAGCUGCAGUGAAGGCGGAGCUUGGGGAGGAGGAGGGGCUAGUGGAAGAAGACAUCGUCGCUGUGCCCUACAUGGAAGAUGAACUGGACCUGGAGACCGUCGGAGACAUCAUCGCCAUCAUAGAGGAGAAGGUGGAUGACUCUGAGGAGGCGUUGGAUGCAGCAGCAGUGGAAGCCGCUCUCUCUCUGUGUGAAGAGUCCGGCUCAGAGGGACACACCCUCCCCGGCCCCUGGGAGACCCAGGCCUCAGACGCAGGGCCCUCUGUCCCAGACUCUGACCCCCCUCAGGAGCCUCAGGAUGGGGCCGCGAUGUCGGCCCUGAUGCCUGCAGGCAUGGAGAGCCAGAAUCAAGCUGAGGCUAAAAGAGAACAGCAGCUAAAGGGAAACUGUGAGGGACCGGAGGCGACAGGAAGUAAUGUCACUUCUUCUGUCACCUCUGACGACUGUGCGACAGGGAGUGAGGGUGCAGCGGGGAAGGAUCCAACUGAAGCCACGAUCAAAAGUGAAGGAGAGGAAUGGAGCCAGCCGGAGCCCAACCCCCCCUGCCUCGACUCUGAGGACAGCUCUGUGUCUGGGAGAGAGUCCAAGGAGGUGAAGGAGGAGGAGGUGGGGAGUGAUGGCGACCCAGACGAGGGGAUGGAGCUGAAGGAGGAGUGUGGGGAGGGGGAGGGUCCCUAUCUGUCCGAGGUGGAGCGGGCAGCCAGCGAGAGUGAGGACGGGUACGGCCCCCCCUCCCAGCGCUACACAGCGGACUCUCUGGCCAGCAGCCCGGCCUCUUCCUCACAGCUAUCUACCUGUGGAGAGGACCAGGAGGCGGUGCAGGCCCAGAAGAUCUGGAAGAAAGCCAUCAUGCUGGUGUGGAGAGCCGCAGCCAACCACAGGUACGCCAGUGUCUUCCUGCAGCCUGUGUCAGAUGACAUCGCCCCUGGCUACCACAGCAUUGUACACAGACCCAUGGAUCUGUCGGCCAUCAAGAAGAACAUCGAGUCGGGCGUGAUCCGCACCACGGCCGAGUUCCAGCGCGACAUCAUGCUGAUGUUCCAGAACGCCGUCAUGUACAACUCGUCGGACCACGACGUGUUCCACAUGGCGCUGGAGAUGCAGCGGGACGUCCUGGAGCACGUGCAGCAGUUCCUGGCCACGCAGCUCAUCAUGCAGACCUCGGAGAGCGCCAUCUCCGCCAAGAGCCUCCGCGGCAGGGAGGGCAACCGUAAGCCCGGAGAGCCGGCCGAGAAGGACAGUGUCCCAAUGGCCUCUCCUGCUUUCCUUCUCUCUCUCUUUGUAAGUAUUCAGGUGCUCAGUCAGAUUUCACAAGAACCGUGCCACGCUCCGCACACAAGUGACUCAACGCAAACACACACACAUGAUAUAUAUAUAUAUAUAACACACAUCUGUCUCCGCCUCAUCUCAUCUUCCUCUUUUUUUCAAUUCAGUUCUAUCUUAGUGCCAUUUAAGGAAGCAAAACUACUCCAAAAGAAAACUAGAAAGUGUUUAAGUCAUGAUUUGAGCCAUUUUAACUGACUACUAUUAUUGGUAUUAAACUAUAAUAAUGCACAUGCAAAUAUUCAACAAAAAAAAAAUCCCUUUGGAAACAGAUUUCCUAUAUAUCUAGUUAGAAUUUGACUUAAAGCCUCUGUGACACUAAAUGUUAACUUCAUAGGAAACAAUCAGAGCUGAGAAGAGCUAAGGCAAAAAUAUAGACACAGACAUGAAUUGACUUCACGCCUCAUAGUGAGGAGCCAGAAAAAAAGUUUUUCCUGGCAUUUCAAAAAGAUGGUUAUUCUAGUUUGUCUCCUCUUUGUGGAAGUAGAUAUCUAGUCAGGUUUUAAAAACGCUGUAAAAAGAAAAAUGGUAUGUUGGUCUAACUUUAAGGGGUACUAAACUUUAGUGUCAAAUAGAGUGGGGCAGGAAUGAGUCCUAAACCCAGAAAUGGGUUAUGGAAAAUGGGAGAUUUAGACACCAAUAUGUCAGUAAACACUGCCGCUUUUAAGUGUCAUGUAAAAAAAAAAAACUGAAUUUAAAACUGGCGUGUGUCAAGCUCAUUUUCUGCUAUACUCCAAAAUCCAAUGUAAAAACCCUAUUGGCUUUUAGUUUAGGGAGCCGUUGCUAUGCUAACUUCCACAUAUGUCUUAACUGCACCACUCUAUAUGCAGCAGUAAGUAAAGAGAAACAUAAACAGACCAUCAGGGCUGUGUAUCUGUUUGGUAUGGAUAAAUAAAGGGCCUCUUUGUAUCUCAAUCUCUUUGACAGUUUCACACACAAGUCACACACACACACGUGCACACACACACACACACACACACACACACACACACACACACACACACACACACACUGCAGUGUCACCACUAUACACUUUAAGUUCUAUUUUCACACAACAUCCUCACCGCACACACUCACACACAGGCUCCAGUCACCUCUCAUCACCAAAGCUUCCGUCAACCUUCGGUUAUUGACCCCAUCCCGGUUUCCUGUGUUUUUCCGUUAACGUGCGUUUGUCCGUGUCUCUGCAUGUUCUAAUUUAAUUUCUCCUUAUUUUCUUUUUCAAAGUGUUUUCUUUUUUUUGGUCAUCUUCAUUUUUUAUGUUCUUCAUUUGGGAAGGACGCCUCCCAAGGUGGACCGUUUUAUUUUGCGAGUUCAAUGGUGUGAGUAGGCCCGCUGCAGAGGUCACUCUCUCCAGCUGACCUCUGACCUCCACAGCCUUAUAUGAACUUCUCUUUCUUGCUCUCUCUUCUUCUCUUGCUCUGCCUCUCCUGCAGGACGGAGGCACCAGAGGUCGCCGUAGUGCCAUGGAGGCCGACCUCAAAAUGAAGAAAUGAACUGAUUUCAGAGAAAAAGACACUUAGAAAGACUCAGAAGGUGGAGCUGAAUAUUCACCGUUUUCUGGAGAGGACUGUGCCAUCUCUGUGUGCCUGGUGUGUAUAUGUACACACUUAAUUAUCUGUACUUUGAGUAUAUGUGGAUGGUAUGUGUCAGUGUGUGUGUGAGCUGCACAGGUCCCCUGUUCACUCCACUUUCCUCCAAGUAUCAUUUCACCAGCAAAGGUAGUAGCUCAUCAUUUCCCUCCGCUGAGAUGGAACACUGAAGAACUUUGAGAAGGGAAAGAGAAACAUUUUCACCAGCAAAAGUCUGUUUGCGAUCGAAUGACCAGGAUUUGAUCACGUUGAAUGGUGGAUGCAUUAAUACUAAGUCCGUUGAUUGAGUGAUUUCUGUGAGUGCCCUGCACCAAACUGUGUGUGACUGCGUGGGCUGAAAAAAAUACACAUGACAGCAACCAGGAUUGAAACGUCACAUCAUUAUGUACAGAUUCAAAAUACUACUACUAUUUCCAGUUCUGUUAAAUUGAUCACUUUAAAUGUAUCUCACAUCUUUAUAACUGGACUUGCUGCACUUUCCAUCAAUGGAACAAGAGUGUUUUUUAUUAAAGGGACAGUUUGGAUGUUAUGAAGUAGGGUUGUAGGAGUUACUUCAACAUAGUCACCUACUGUAGAUGGAGCACGCAUACCGGAGAAACAGAGCAGGAAGCGGAGUAAUGGACUGCAGUGGACAGUGGCAGCAGCAAAUCAUAUUUUAGCCGCCUAAAGGACAUGUUUUCAUUUGACCCUAACAAGGACCUGAGUUUCCAUUCAUUCAAGAGACGAUGUAAUGUGUCUAAAUAAAUCAACUUCAUAACAAGUAUAACCCAAACAUCUAAAAAAAAUUAC